AUGGUCAAAGGUCUGGGAACACUGCCCUAUGAAAGCAGACUGUUAACCUUCGAUCUAUUUCCCCUUUCCUACAAGCAACUUCGAGGGGACCUCAUCCUUACCUACGGUAUUAUGAAUAACCUGGAUCGUUGCUUCGUCCCGGACGAUUUGUUUACCCAGGCUAAUACGCCAACUUUGCGCGGGCAUCCCCUUAAACUACGCUCCGGCAAAGUAAAGAUCGACGGACGAAAGUUCUUCAGCAGCAGAGUAGUCGCAGCGUGGAACGCCCUAUCCGAAGAGGUUGACCUCUCGACCUGUGCUAAUUCAUUCAUGAGCAGACUGGAUAUGCAUCAGAUCCCAUCCAGACACACUGCAGUGUAA